AUGACUCGUAUUAAUCAAUUGUUGAUGCUUGGCACGCUCGGGGUCCUUCCGGCCUUAGCCUCGCCUGCCCCCCAACAUGUUCCCUCCCACAUCAACUUGGUCCAUCGUUCCGACCCGGGGGCUAAGCUUCUUCGCCGCGGGAAAUAUGACACGGAAAGCAUUUCGGAGUCAGAGGGAUUUUGGUUCGGUAGUUUCGAUGUCGGAAGCUCGAAGAACCUGCACAUGUUGAUUGACACCGGCUCGUCUGAUGUUAUUGUGAACAAGGGCUACUAUACCCCUGGCUCAAGCUCGGUCAACCUCAAUCUCACCUUCGACAACUCCUAUGGGACAACAGAGAGCGACGGGUCUGGAACUGGCUCGGUAGCGGGUACUCUGUACAAUGACACCGUCUCUUUCGGCUCGCUCACUGCGACGCAGACCGUGGGCUCCGCCAACAGCAGCGAUCUCAUCCCAGGCGACGGUAUCGUCGGCUUUGCCGGUGUUGAAGUAGAGCAGUUCCCCAACGGCGCUGAGCCUUUCUUCCAUUCCCUCUGCAGUCAGGGACAAGUUGCGUCUUGCCGGUUCGCCCUUGUGUUAGGCCAGAAUGACACUGGUAUCCAAGUACUGGGAGAGCUCGACACAUCCCUCUUCGAGGGAAACCUCACCACCACGUCUAUUAUCCAGGAGUGGGUAAUCUUUGCUGAUGUCGCGCUUAACAACACCGUCAUCACUACCAACAUCAUGGUUGAGCUGGACUCUGGCACUGCCACCGUCGUAGGCCCUGUCGACGAGGUCCUAUCUAUCUUUGAAGCCACAUCCAUCCAGGCUGUUGUCCAGAACACCACCGACGGAGUGACUGUCACCGGGUACUUCCCUUGCGACAGCCCACCCACCCUGGGCUUCAACAUCCCUUCCACCGCCAACGCGACUGCUGCAGCGAAGGCAGACUCCGGCCUCAUCAGCCACCAGAGCAAAAUCUUCAACAUUGAGGGAGAGCAAUGGAUUGCCGCCGACAACGGAAACAACAACUGCACUGCCGUUCUGUCAGGAGCAAACGUGGAGGGCUACCCAACCUUGUGGGUUGCCGGUCAAGCUUUCUUCCGCGGUCUGUACCUCGAUCACAACGUGGCUAACGCGACCAUCGGUUUGGCCACUGCGAAGAAUCAAUCGACGACAGGGUCGGCAACCUCGGCGUCUGGAUCCGCUAGCAGUACCCCUUCGGUGGCUGCGACCAGCGGAGCGGCCGCGGGAUACUCUAUGUCUCCUUCGGCCCUGUUUUUCUCUGCCAUCCUGGGCUCUGCCACGUUCCCAGUCUCAAUCACCUUCCACGGCACCAACGGGACGUCUUUCCGGCAGGUUUUCCCUGCGGACUCGAGCGGUCAUGAUAUCACCAAUCCCAUGGUCGUCACGAGCAUCUCCUCCCCCGGAGGCGCGAUUUGCACCUUCCAGGGCGUGAAUGGGAGCGCAGAUCUGGGGGGCUUGUGA